AUGAAUCCUGCUGUCUUCCUAGUCAUCCUGUGCUUGGCAGUGGCCUCAGCUACUGAAUCCCCUGAUGUCACUCUGGAGGUCAAAGAGCAAGAGGCGACGAUAACAAAUGAGAAGCCGAAAGAAGAAGAAUACAGAAGAAAGAUAUGGGACCAGUUUAUGAAGAAGAUUGAAGUCUAUAAUAAGAAAAAAGGCCUGGAGAACGAGGACAUCAGCCUAGAAAUGAAUGCGUUUGAUGACCUGACUGAUAGCGAAUUCACAAAAUUGAUGGAUGAAGUUUUAUUGCCAAUAUUUGAUGGGGAGGAGAAGACUCAAACACAGCCAGUUGGUGAUGUCGUUAAAUUUGACUAUUCACCAGCGAGUGGUGAUGUCCAGGAUCAGCCAGAGUAA